AUGGCCGACACCAACGGGUUCUCCAUGGGGUCGGCUCCCAUGGAGGUUGUUGACGAACAAGGCCCCGGCCUCUCUGAACCAACAAAUAAAACCAAGGGCCGACACCGAGUCCUCUGUGGUAUUCAGAGGAUGUCUUCUUCCCCAUCGCUGCCACGGAAUGGCCGUGCCCGAUCACAGAGCAAUCCUCAGCGAGGACGUGCGAGCAUCUCCUGCGUGAGCUUGGCCGGUCCUUCAACUGCCGGGAGCUCUUUUGCUGGCGACUCUUACUUCCCCGCAGGCGCGACAGCAUCCGGGUGUGCGAGUACUUCGAGUUCUGUACCGCCGACGCCGUCCAGCGAAGUUAUUCAAUUCGAGGGCAUCGACGGCCGCUUUGCUAUUCGUCGAGUCGAUAAUGCCGUACCUAUUACACCGUCUGCUGGCCCCCAGUCCAUCGGGCUUCCCGGUGACCUGAGGACCACGAAUAAGGCGCAGACCGCGAACCCGGCUGUUCCCAAGCGCGACUUCAGCUUUUGGGAAAAUAUGCCACACGAAAUGCGAGUUCAUAUUUUUUCCUAUCUCACACCCAAGGAGCUGGUGCGGACUUCACGUGUGAGCAAGAUAUUCCACAAGAUCUGCUUCGACGGACAGCUCUGGACGAGCUUCGAUGCAACCGAAUUUUACCAGACCAUACCAGCCGAAUCACUGGCGAGGAUUAUUGUGGCUGCUGGACCUUUCAUCAAGGAUCUCAACCUGAGAGGUUGCGUCCAGGUCGAACACUACAAACGGGCCGAAGUUGUUGUGAAGGCUUGCAAGAACUUGGUCAAUGCCACCCUCGAAGGAUGCCGCAACUUCCAACGGAACACUCUACACAGCCUGCUGAGGAGCAACGACAAGCUUGCUAACCUCAACUUGACGGGGCUGACCGCAGUGACCAAUAUGUCCUGCAAAAUUAUCGCCGAGUCGUGCCCACAGCUGGAGAUGUUUAAUGUCUCGUGGUGUGUACACAUGGAUGCACGAGGAAUCAAGGCCGUACUAGAAGGAUGCUCAAAGUUGAAGGAUCUCAGAGCUGGGGAAGUGAGGGGUUUCGACAACUUGGAGGUCGCCGAGACAAUUUACAGGACCAAUAACUUGGAGAGGCUGGUUUUGAAUGGCUGCGCCGAGCUAAAUGACCGCGCCUUGAAGAUCAUCAUCCAUGGCGAAGACCCUGAAAUCGACAUCCUCACAGAUCGGCCUGUUGUACCACCAAGGAAAUGGCGUUACUUGGACCUCAGUCGAUGCGCCCGUCUCACGACCCAAGGAGUGAAGGCGCUGGGAUACAAUAUUCCGGACCUACAAGGCCUGCGGCUAUCCGGUUGCACCGCGUUAACCGACGCAGCACUUGAGCCCAUCUUUGCAUCCACCCCGCGCCUCACACAUCUUGAGAUGGAAGAUCUCGGAGAUCUCACCAACAGUCUGCUUUCGGAACACCUGGCCAAGGCACCAUGCGCCCCCUGGUUGGAGCAUCUAUCCAUCAGCUACUGCGAGAACCUGGGCGACAGCGGCGUACUCCCAAUCGUGAAGAACUGCGUCAACCUCAAGAGUAUCGACCUCGACAACACCCGUAUUAGCGACCUCGUCCUCGCCGAGGCGGCGUACAUGGUGUACAACCGCUCCCAGAGCAACGCAAAGAAGCCAAAGCCGAAGAUCGGUCUCCACAUGGUCGUCUACGACUGCCAGAAUGUCACUUGGACCGGCAUCCGCGAGGUCCUUUUCCGUAACGCCCAGACAAAGCCCUCCAUGUCCGAGAUUGGCAAGUUCGCCUUCUCCAGCGAGGCCAUUAGCCUCAAGUGCUUCUACAAGUUCCAGAUGACGGUCGACGAGCACAUGAAGCGCGUGCUGCGCGGCGAUCUGGCCGCCGCCAACCGUUUGGAACGCCGAUGGGGCGAGUACAUGCAGGCGACUGAGGAGGCGGGGACUACCGGCGCCGGACACCGCCGUCGCAGGCGCCGGGCUCGGGAGGCCCAGAUGUUGCAUGCCGAUGAGGAGGAUGGCGGCAACGGCGGCCGUCGUCGUGGUAGGACUGUUGGGUCCUGUGCCAUCAUGUGA